CAAAAUUGACGUUCCAAUCCUUUGUCCACAUGGGUUUUGGCAGAGAUCUGCUCUUCGCAAUCCGUAUAUACUGGAGAGCGGCGUUCAGCAUAAUCUGGCCCAUCGUCCUGCUCCCCAUCAUAAUAAUCGACUAUAGCGAGCACAAGCGAUGUCUCUACGUGGUGCUCUUGAUGACCGGUUACUGGAUCACCGAAGCUAUCCACAUGGCCGUAACUUCCCUGAUACCGAUUCUCCUCUUCCCGAUAUUCAGCCUGAUGCACACCGACGACGUCUGCAAGAGCUAUAUGAAAGACGCGAACGUGAUGUUCAUAACCGGGAUGAUCCUGGCUAUAUCCGUCGAAUACUCUAGAUUGCACGAGAGGUUGGCACUUGCGGCCAUCGACGUCAUCGGAGUCAGUCCGAGGAAGCUGCACCUGGGUAUAAUGUGGAUAACGGCUUUCAUCUCGUUGUGGAUAUCUAACACCGCAGCCACGGCCAUCAUGAUACCAAUCGUAGCCACCAUACUGAUGCAAUUGGAAGAACAAGGAAUAGGUACCAUUUACGAACCAACGGAAGAACCUUACGUCUCCCAGGUACAGAUGGAAGAUACUAGAAAACCCACACGUUCUACCAUGUGUUAUAACAUAAGCGCGGCAUACGCAGCAUCUAUAGGUGGCAUGGGGACUCUUAUAGGGACCGGUACCAAUCUAACCUUCAAAGGGAUCUUCGAAACGAUGUUCAAAGAUGGACCUGGUGUGGAUUUCGGGUAUUUCAUGCUGAUAACCAUACCCAUAGUUAUCGUCUUACUCGUUUUCGCGACCCUGAUCCUUCAGCUGUGGUUUCUCGGUCUGUUAAGGCCAAAAUCUAAAGACGCUCAGAGUAUCUCGAUAGGACCAGACGGUAUAGCCAUAUCGAAACAGGUGAUCUCCGAGCGUAGGAAGCAGUUGGGACCGAUGACUUUCCACGAAAUAGCGGUAUUGACGUGUUUCAUCCUGGCGAUUUGUUUAUGGAUAACCAGAGACCCCCAAAUCUUCCCCGGCUGGGCCGAACAACUCACGGAAUUGAAGGUGCAAGACGGCGCCGUCGGUGCCGUCGUGGUUCUCCUGCUUUUCUGCAUACCGGCCCAACCGAACUUCCUCUACGCGUUCAGCGAGGACGAAGAAAAGAGGCCCAAAGGACCUUCCACUGGUUUGGUCACCUGGAAGUUCAUCUACAGGAGAAUGCCGUGGGGGUUGAUAUUUUUGAUCGGAAGCGGUUUCGCGAUCGCCGACGCUGCCAAAUCUAGCAAGAUGAACGAUUACAUCGUGUACAACAUGGGCGAUUUGGCCGGGUUGAAUCAUUACACCAUCAUGGUUAUAGGAUGUUUCGCAGCCGGACUGUUGACCCAGGUGACCAGUAACGUGGCCAUAGCCAACAUCACCCUGCCGAUAAUGGCGGAAAUGUCGAGGAAGUUCCAGAUUCAUCCGUUGCACGUUAUGUAUCCGGUAUGUCUGGCUUGUUCGUUCGCGUACACGCUUCCGGUGUCUACUCCACCGAACGCCAUAGCCGCCGCAUCGUGCAACAUGAGAACAUAUCAGAUGAUGAUCAUCGGGGUUUUUCUCCUGAUAAUGUCUUGGUUGGUCUUGUUUGCCACUGCGCCGUUUUUGGCAGGACUCGUGUGGGAUUUUCACAGUUUUCCCGAUUGGGCCCAGCAGAAGGACAACGAGACGUAUCGCUGACUGUAUUUAUCAUUCUGUUCAACUAAUUAUAAGAAUAAAAAUAAGAGGGAAA